CCGAACCAAAGCAACCGCAUCGCAUCUAGCCUGUUUUGUUUGGAUUCACCACCUCCGUACCGCGCGAGUCCAGUGAGUCCAUGGCCGCUAGCCCGGUGGUGGUGCCGUCCCUAUAAGGGCACCCAGCUAGCCACACGCACGGCUCCGUCGCCUUGGAUCGGGCUCGUCAGCGAGUCAGGGCCUUGGCACGGUGCAGUUGAGCCAUGGGCCUCGCCGGCGGCAUUGUCCGGAGAGUCCUCUCCAAGAGCCCCUGCGCCUCCUCCUCGUCGGCGGGACGCGGAGGCCACACCGAAAGGAGCCCGGGCGACCACAAGAGGAGAUGGGGCUCUCUGAGGCUGUACCUGUGCGGCGACGAGAACGGCGCGGGUGCCGAGGACGGGGAGGACGACGAUGACGGGACGGUCUCGGCCAGGAGCUUCGAGACCUGCACCAUGACGCAGGACGCCCAAGCUCCGGCGGCAGCCGAUCAGCGUCGCCGCGAUGUCAACGGCGGCGCACACGGCCACGCUGAACAAGUUCACGCUCAGUGGAGCCCCGGCGAGCGGACGAAGCCGUUCACCGAGGACGAGGCGGCGACGCUGAUCCAGUCCGCAUUCAGGAGGUUCAUGGAAAGGGGGCGCUUGCAGCAGGAGGAGCUGAGGAGAAGUUCCGGACAAGAGUGCUGCUACGGUGAAGCGCCCAAGAGCCCUGCUGCCUCGGCGUCCACCAUCGCUGCGUCGGUGGAGGUCCAGGUAGGGGAGUCCCUGAGCAACCUCCGGCUGAGCGAUGACGGCGCGUCGGUGUCGGCGCAGCACCGGGCGGGCCAGAGCCAGAAGCCGCGGCCCCAGGUCUUCAGAGCCAAGGAGGAGUGGGACGACAGCACGCUGAGCUCCAACGUGCUGAGGAUGAGGAUCCAGAGCAAGAUGGAGGCCACCACGCGGCGCGAGCGGGCCCUCGCCUACGCCUUCUCACAGCAGCUGAGGAGCGGCGGCACGAAGAAGCGGUCGUCGAGGUCGGAGCAGGGGGAGUUCAACGUGGGGUGGAGCUGGCUGGAGCGGUGGAUGGCGACGCGGCAGGCCGAGCCCGGCGCCGACGACAGCGCGAGCAAGAACGCCACGGACGCCGGGUCGGCGGUUGCCGGGCGGCGGGUGGUGGUGGUGAGGAGGCGGCAGGACGUGGCCGUCGAGGAGAAGGAGAGCUGCGGCUCCAACGACGUGUCCGCCAUCAGCUUCGACGGCUCCAGCGCCGGCGGCCGGAGCGGACUCAGCUGCUACAGGCCCGGCAAGAACCGGCUCAGGGGGGGCAGGAACCUGCCGCGCCGGAAGGUGGCGGCCGCGUCGUCGGAGCACCGGCUCCAACCAAGAUCCCACAAGGUGAGCAAGAAGGCGCGGCAGAGGGAGGAGAAGCAGCUGCAGAAGGAUCAUCAAGCCGAGGCCGAGGCGUACGAUCCCCGCCAGCCCCCGACGGAUUACUGAAACCGAGACAGUGGAGUGACGUACAUAGCUUCUUCAGAUCCUGAUUGCUGUGUUAGCUUUGUGUCGCCAUGAUUUUUCUCUUACUUUUCAGUUGCUUGUUGCUGAAGUGUUAGAUGAUUCGAGCUGAUUUUAAGUGCAAGACUGACAAGUUGGUCGUGUAAAAGUUGGUCACUAAAUAAAGUACGCACGCAGGUGAUGAAACA